AUGCUGCGAUGUUUGUCGUUGGCUAGAAUACGAUUUUGUAAGCUUAGGUUUCCUGUAAGGCUCAUAUCGCAGAGCAGAAUUACUGAACAAGAGGUGAUCAAGAUUAAGCUAGGGGAAUUCAUAGCCAAUGAUGCUAGAAUCACUAGAACGAUAGAUGAGGAGUCGACAAAUACUAAAACAUUGCCUCCUUCGCUGUUAUAUGUGCAGAAAUUAAUUAGUCAGUACCCAGACCAUGUUGUUCUUACCCAAAUGGGCUCAUUUUUUGAGUUAUACUUUGAUCAUGCUUCGACAUAUGCGCCAUUAUUGAACAUUGCCUUGACCCAGAGAACUUAUACUCAUGGCAAAGUCCCUUUUGCUGGUUUCCCUGUACCUCAAUUAAGCAGACAUUUGAAGGCAUUAGUCCAAGAUUAUGGUUACAGUGUUGUAGUUGCAGAACAGUUUAAGAAAGAUGGCUACGCAACAAAUGAAAAUAAUAGAUUCUAUAGACGUGUUACUAGAAUUGUAACGCCAGGCACAUUUAUAGAUGAAGCAUUAGAUAAUUACUCUGAGAAUACUUUUCUGCUCACAAUUGAGUUUCCUGAGAACUUUACUAAUUAUGUUGCAGAGGAUAACUUGAGAAUUGGGAUAUCUUGGUGUGAUAUAUCCACUGGAGAAAUCUAUAUCCAAGAGCUGCCUUUAAAGGAUCUUAUGAAUGCUAUUACAAGAAUAAAACCGAAAGAGAUCCUAUUAAAUGCGAGAGAGCUCUCAGAUGAUAUUAUCUCUGGUAACUGGUAUCCACAGUUAGCAGAACUAAAAAGGUACUUCAUCAAUUAUUAUACUACAACCACUAGAUAUAGAACUCUCGAUACUUAUUUUGAUAUGUUUGCUGCUACUAGGGCGUCUGGUAUGAGACAAAGACUGAGGAUGGAAUUGAACGAGUACUCUAUAAAGGAGACUGCAGCAUUGCGGAAUCUUCUAUCCUACGUAGCUGAACAUUUGCCAGAAUGCGCAAUAAACUUCCAAUUUCCAAAGAGACAGAUUACAACGGAUAUUCUACAAAUUGACUCCAGAACGACUAAAGCAUUAGAGUUGCACAGCACGAUACGUGAUAAUUCAAAAAGAGGAACGCUCCUAAACACUAUGAGAAGAACUGUAACACCUAUGGGGACUAGGUUAUUAUCACAAUGGCUAUCUGGUCCAUCGAUGAAUAUCAAAGAAAUAAAGUUAAGACAAAGUAUAGUAUCGCUUUUUCUUGCUGAUAAGCGCUCCCAUGAUAAAAUAAUAUCUGAGCUGAAAAAGAUUCAAGAUAUAGUAAAAUUGUUGCAGAAAUUCAACUUUGGUAGAGGGACACCUCUAGAAAUGCUGGAACUAGUGAAAUCACUAAAAACAGCCCAAGUUUUACAAAGUUUACUCAAUGACCUAUUAAAGGAGAGUAAUGGCAAAUCUAAAAAUGGAAUUAGUGAGAUUAUUGAAAGACUAACAUUUCCUGAAUUAUUUUUGGAAGAGAUUUCUAAUGCUUUAAAUGAGGAACAUAUAAUAUAUCAGGGUGAGAGAACCUUUAAUACAGAGGGAGAGAUAGCCAUAAAAGAGACUAUCCUUCCUGAUGAAAGAGCCCAACUAAAGAGCAAGGAUAAUGGCUACAGUUUAAAGUUGAUAAUCAAUCCCGAGUUUAGCUCUGCUAUACAAUCAUUACUAGCUGAACGUUCGCAAUUGUUAAGUCAAAAGCAGAACUUGAGAAAAGACUAUGAAACAUUCUUUAUCGAUCGUUUUGGAGUUAAAUCAUUUUUACUAAAACAGAAAGCAUCGGGUGAGUUUGUAAUCCAUGUAACAGCAACUUCGACUGUGAUUACGCUAUUAUUAAAACACCUGAAAGAGAAUAAGGAAAGUCUUGGUUUUACUAUAGUACAAAAAUCCUCACAAACGUGCUGGUUGAUGCAUAAAUCCUGGAGCGAUCUAGCUGAUAAGUUAAAUCAAAAUGAACAGAGUAUACGAUAUGCUGAAGAUGGCAUCAUCGAUGGGUUCAUCUCCGAAAUUCUAAAGAAGAGUGACGAUAUUAGAGUUGUUGCUGAUGCUAUUGGUUAUAUAGAUACAUUGUGCUCUUUCGCUACAUUAGCUGAGGAGAAACAGCUCAUUAAACCGAAAGUGGAUUUGACCAGAAGUUUCGAGAUUGUUGAUGGAAGACAUUUGGUAGUGGAGGAUGCAUUGAAGAAAAAAAAUUUGGUACCUUUUACCGCGAACAACUGUGAUUUAUCAAGCAACGAUAUAUGGGUUAUCAGUGGUCCCAAUAUGGGCGGUAAGUCAACUUUUCUGAGACAGAAUGCGAUCAUUGCAAUACUAGCACAGAUAGGAUGUUUUGUACCUUGUAGGAAAGCACAUAUUGGACUUGUCGACAAGAUAUAUAGCAGAGUCGGAAGCGCAGAUGAUCUUUAUAAUGAUAUGAGCACAUUUAUGGUUGAAAUGGUUGAAACGUCCCUCAUACUGAAUGGAGCUACAGAUAGAUCGUUAGCAAUUUUGGAUGAGAUAGGUAGAGGAACUAGUGGCAAAGAAGGCGUUGCUGUAGCCUAUGGGACUCUGAAACACCUUUUGCAAAACAACAAAUGCAGGUCAUUAUUUGCAACCCACUACGCUCAGGAACUGAAACAAGUGGCAGACCAGGAUCUCUCUGAAGAUACCCACCGUAUACAUUACUUCCAGACAAGUAUCAGGGAAACAAAUGACCCAAACAAGUUCUAUUACGAUCACAAGAUGAGGCCCGGCAUCAGCCAAAAAUCGGAUGCACUGAAAGUGGCUCGUAUCGCAGGGUUCCCACAGGACGCCUUGAAUGACGCAUCCACAGCAUUAAAACUACUGUGUUCAGCACGAUCUAUUUAA